CCAAGUCCAAAUUCUCCCUCCCACCCCCAUGGGUCAGUGGUCACAUGAUCAGAGUGGGUAGGCAGGGCCCCUCGUCAGAUGUAAUCUGUGCUGAUUCCGACUACUGCUGUAACCCUCCCCUUCCUAGGGCUUUGCUAUCUAGGAUUCCAGGCAUGGCAGCUGUUACUGAUGAGCAGGUCCAGAGGUUCCGUAGGGAUGGAUACCUGGUACUGGAGGGGGUGUUUAACCCCCAGGAGUGUGAGCAGAUGAAGCAGGAGAUUAACAAGAUUCUGGAAGAAAUGGAUGUGCCGCCCCAUUGCCGCACAGAGUUCAUCACCCAGCAGGAAGAUCAGCUCCGUGCCCAGGGCAGUGCCGAUUAUUUCAUGACCAGCGGAGACAAGAUUUGUUUUUUCUUUGAGAGGGGGGUGUUUGAUGAGAAGGGUGACUUCCUGGUGCCGAGGGAGAAGUCUGUGAAUAAGAUUGGGCACGCUUUGCACGCUCACAAUCCUGUCUUCAAAGAGGCGACCCACAAAGCUCAAGUACAGGAGACGGGACGGAGUCUGGGCCUUGUGAAACCCGUCAUAGUGCAGAGCAUGUACAUAUUCAAGCAACCAGGCAUUGGAGGAGAAGUAACCCCACACCAAGAUGCCACAUUCUUGCACACGGAGCCACUUGGGCGGAUAAUAGGAUUUUGGAUCGCCAUAGAAGAUGCAACAGAAGUAAACGGCUGCUUGUGGUUUAUUCCAGGAUCUCACCGUGCUGGUAUUUCUAGGCGCAUGGUUCGUACACCACCGGGCACCUUCCCACUUACGGAGUUUGUGGGAGAAGAGCCAAAGUAUGAUGAGGAUCAGUUUGUAGCGGCUCCCGUUCCUAAAGGGGGCCUGGUUCUCAUCCACGGAGAAGUUGUCCAUAAAAGUGAACUGAACAGCUCUCCAAACUCUCGCCAUGCCUAUUCUUUCCAUGUGAUGGAAUCUGAAGGAACCAGAUGGAGCCCAGAUAACUGGCUUCAACCAACACCUGAGCUCCCAUUCCCUUCCCUAUUUACCUAAAACAGCAUUGGAACUGCUUUGUCUUCAGAACAAAACCUACAGUUAAACCAGUAGCACACAUCAAUGGGUUUUACAGAAUAUUCAAAGAAUUUAUUAUAACAGAAAACCGAUUCCAUUUACAUGGGAAGAAUUAGCAGAACCCGUAACAAACCCCCCCCUCCCAGCCUCUCAGGGGCAAGUCAAUACUGCAUACAGAUAUUACAUGAGACUUCAUUAUAUUCCAUAGAAUCAAGAAAAGCUAUUUUUGGUGUGCAUGACAUAUGUUUCAGAACAUAUUUUUAAAAAGAUUUUAAAUAAAUAAAAAUCAACACAA